AGCUCUCUUUCUCUCGCGAUGGAAAUUACAAAGUCGUCGAUCUCCUCUGCCCCGGCCGAGUGUCAACUGACCAUAAGAUUGCUGGAAAUGCUGCAGAGAACGAAUUACGAGCUGGUGCAGGAAAACGGCCAGCGACGACUGACAGCGCCCGAGAUCGUGCGCGGUGAGAAGCAACGUGUGAAAGGUGCCGAGAUUUUCCUCGGACGUUUGCCCCGCGACUGUUACGAGGACGAGUUGAUGCCGAUCCUCGAGAAGAUCGGUCGUCUGAGCGAGCUGAGAUUGAUGCUCGACUUUUCCGGGUCCACGCGCGGUUAUGCGUUCGCGUUGUUCGACGAUUCGAAAGUCGCGAGACGUGCUUGCAACCGGCUGGACGGCUUCGAGAUUAGACCCGGCCAUCGUAUCGGUGUCGUGAAAUCGGUGGACAAUUGUCGGCUGUUUUUCGGCGGGGUGCCGAAGAACAAGGGCAGGGAGGAGUUCCUGCGGGAGCUGAACAAGAUACUCGACGGCAUCACCGACAUCUAUCUGUACCCGAGCGCUCACGACAAGACGCAGAACCGUGGAUUCAUUUUCGUCGAGUUUAAAGAUCACAGAGCAGCCGCCAUGGCUAGACGAAAAUUAAUCCCGGGCAAGGUUAUGCUCUGGGACCACGAAAUCGCGGUCGAUUGGGCUGAUCCAGAACCUGGCGACCCUAUCGACGAGGAGAUCAUGAAAACGGUCACAGCACUUUUCGUGCGAAACUUGUCGAUCGAGAUUACGCAACAGAAAGUUCGAGACAUAUUUCAGAAGACCACGAAGAUCCCCAUACUAAAGCUGAAGAAGAUCAAUCAUUUUGCGUUCAUCCACUAUGAAAAUCGUAAAGCAGCCGAGACCGUGAUGAGCAUCAUGACAAAAGAAGAUGGCGUCGCUCAGGCCGAAGGCUGGGAAAUUAGUUGGGCGAAACCGAUCGGAGCCUCGAAAAUUCUGGAAAGGCAGCGGUGUAUCAACGAAGCAGUCGCAAAAGCAAAUUUCCAGAAGAACGAACAGAACCGUAGGAAGCAAACUCUGCUGAAAAAGCAGUACCAAAAAGUGAAGACAGACUACAAUGAUAACGAAGAAGUUGAUGCCUCGUUGGUGCAUAUGAACAUUUUGCAAAAUUUUAUUAAGGACAAAUUCGGCGCGCGUUGCGUUUUCAACUUCCUGCAUCUUGGUGUUCCGCCGAACUUUGUUUGCAAGAUUACAAUUUUCAAAGAUACACAAUUUUUCUUCGAGUAUCACGGCGGUGUGAUGGCCACGAAGGAGGAUGCCAUCAUCGACGCGUGUUCGAAGAUGCAUCAUUUUAUCAACACUACAUUCCAAAAUUGCCAGCUCCAGGACAAUGAGCAAUAUCGUACAGAACGAAAAUUAGGCCUUAAUCCUGUGGUUGGAUCAUCAGUUGACUGGAACAAUUACAUUAAUUAUUAAUUAUAAUUAAAUCAGCGAUCAAUUUCUCAUCGCUAACCGUCCAAAGAUUAUUAAUAGUAUUUAUAUAACGUAGAGAUCCGAAAGCAUGAUGAGUAUUGGUAGAAUUCUAUACGUUUUAAUCUGUUUUGAAAUUCAGAAGCAAAAAGGAGGGUGAAGAAUGAUAUUUUAAAAUUCGAUCUAUGUAACCGAACACUUCUUACACCAAAUUGAAUUUGUGUAAGCAAGAUGUAGAAUGAUAAUUUAAACGUAGAAGCUCGUUAUUCGAAGUAGCACAAAGUAAUUACGAAAUACCGUGCUGUUUCUCAUUUUUACACAAUGAAAUUAAUCUCUGACUAUGAUAUUUAUGGAAAAAAUUUUACAGAAAUGAAAGCUCGAGAAGAAUGGAUUUUUAGAAAGCAAUUUAGAAAAUCUGGCGAUCACAGGUUCUCUACGUUAAACAAUAUUUAUAUAGUAUUUAAAGCAUUAAAUUAUCAAUUUUAUUAAGACAGAAGCAGCAUUUCUAUCGUUUGAAGUAUAUUGACAAUCAAAAUAAUCAAUCAAAAUCAUUUUAUAAUUAUUGUUACUCGAAUGAGAGACCAAAGAUUAAAUCUAAAGAAUCAUUGUUUUGUUUAUAUUCUUGAAAACGCACUUGAAUUCAAAACACGCGUGCGUGAUGUGUUUAGUUGUUUUUAAUUACUGUAUAACGCUACAGUUCACAAUGAAAUUGUAACAAGCAAUCAUAACUGAAACUCAAUCGGUUGGUUUUAUUCUCUAACAAAUGUAAACAAUACAUCAUAUACAAAAAAAGGUGUUAAUAAAAAUAUAAAUUAAUAGUUAUAAAAACGA